GGAGGAGGAAAUUGCUCCGCUUGCUAACAAUAAUGAGAAGAAAACGACUCUUUUAUGUAUCCACUGACAAUUGCCGGUUGUUUAGAGGCCGCACUUAAUCAUUGAUUAAAACCAGUGAUAGUUUGGAGAAAUCACAGAAAGCAUAUCUGGUCUCACGCCUCGUGUGCCCCUGCACGCGGCCGUUCCCGCGCUUUCCAUACCCGCCCCAGGAUUAACCGAACUUUACAUGCAUCUUCAUUAGCAGCCGGAGUGUUAGUUCCACUGAGUGCCAGAACGGUAUCGUAGCAUACAGGAACGGUACAUCGAGACAUGUGUUAAGCCUAGGGACGACAACUUGGAAAAGUUAAAAUCGUUCCGAAAUACUUCAUUUGCAACCUGCAGAUUUUAUUUCUUGAGGAUAUUUCCAGCCACAGUGAUGGGAAUCCACGAAGAAGCGCGCCACAUCAACCAGCCCACGGCGUAGAUCAGCAGAGAAGACUUUCAUAUAGGUAAAACGUUCAAUACUGAAGACGAAGAUUCUAGGAGGACCUGGUACCGCUCACUAUGACGACAUCUUCUGAGAAAGAAGUAGAGCCCAAGAGCACCCACGCUGUGCCCGCUCGAUGGACGCCCCCUGUCGCUAGCGCCCCACCCCUCCCUCCAAUCCCGCUACCCUCGCCUCUACCCCCGGGGAUACGGCUGUCUAACCUGUUCAUGGGUUAUCUCCCCGGAAUGGAGGGCGCUACCUUGGAGCCUGCGACAGGGACGCCCCUCACCCCACACCUCGACUUCCGUGGGCUCUACCUCCCCGAGGGACCGCCGUCAUAUAUUCCACGUCGCAAGAGGCGAGAGCAGCGUCCGCGACGGCAGAGGACGACGUUCAGCAGCGAGCAGACGCUGCGCCUGGAGGUCGAGUACAGGCGGGCGGAGUAUGUCACGCGCACGCGCAGACUGGAGCUGGCAGAGUUACUUACCCUGACGGAGACACAGAUCAAGAUCUGGUUCCAGAACAGGCGCGCCAAAGACAAGAGAAUAGAGAAGGCGCAUCUAGAUCAGCAAAUACGAGCGAUGAGUUAUGGAGUCGGGUUGCCAUAUCCAGGACAGUUGCCACUGACAACCUCUCCCGUGACGUCAUUUCCGGCCUGGGACCCCUGGUCUCGGAGGCCCGCCCCCGAGGUGUCAUCCAGUGUGGCGUGAGGUCGGCCCCUGCUCUGUGCCGCUACCAAAGACUUGCCGGAACUCAUGGCAGACCAAGGAAACACGCUUCACCUUCCUGGAAAAAACUGCUAAUUGACGUGACGAGGCCGGAAUGACCUCUCGAUGUUAAAUUCUUGUGAGUGAUUCUUUUGCAAGUGCAUCUGGACAUGUGCUCCCUGUCAGAACAUAUAUUUGCAUUAUUGCACCAAGACUUGCUCCUUAUGCAAAUGUGUACGAUCGACUUCAUCGCCUCCUCUUCCACGUUGUAUUUUGUGUUUGAAUAUAUAAUUUGCUUCAGUGCGACCGUGCCGUCAUGCACUUGUGAUUAUAGGCGAAGUGUCAUCAAAUAUGCAUAUAAUAAAUACUUUUAUCCAA